AUGGAUACUAGUUGGAUUGACUUACGAAAAGGGGAUACUCGUUAUUAUAACGGUUGCAUGGAAUUUUUAGAGGUUGCAAAGGAGACUCUUCUAAAGGGAAAAACUCGAUGCCCGUGUAAUAAAUGCAAGUUAAAUAAAUGGUUUGACUUAGGAGAGGUAGGAGGACACAUUUUAUUUAACGGUUUUUAUAAGAAUUAUAGGCAAUGGAUUUUCCAUCGUAGAGUUGAAGAGAGUAAUACCUUAGAGAUCCCUAAUGAUCAAGAAAAUGUAGUUGGUCGAGAUGAUAUGAAUGGGUUACUAAGAGCAGCUUUUAAGGUUGACAAUAGUCCACAACCCACCAAUGAACCCCAAGACCCAUCAUUAAUCGAAGCUGAUUUUGAAGAUGAAUAUUCGUAUGACAUGCAUGAAGAGUUAAAUUUUGAUUGUGAGGAAGAUGAUGAAUUUCCAUCAACCAACACCAAUGAAGAAGAAGCGAAGUAUAAACGACUUAGGGAAGCUUCUGAUGAGGGCCUAUAUGAGGGGUGUACAACUUUCUCAAAUCUGUCGUUUCUAUUGCACUUGUUUCACCUCAAGUGUAUGUUCCAUUGGUCUGCCGCAUCAUUUAAUAAGUUGGUUGAGCUUCUAUUAGACGCAUUUCCUAAUAUUAAGGAGUUUCCAUCGUCGUAUUAUGAAGGCAUGAAGAUAAUGAAUGAUUUGGGAUUGGGUUACGAGAAAAUCCAUGCAUGUCCAAAUGAUUGCAUGUUAUACUGGGGUGAAUUUGCAGAAAAAACUGAGUGUCAUAUCUGCCACACAUCAAGGUGGAAGAAUGUGAAAGAAAAGGAGGGUGAUGUAAGAGAGAAAGAUAAAGAAGCAUGUAAGAAGGGUGUUGCAGCUAAAGUGAUGUGGUACUUUCCUCUGAUCCCAAGACUAAAGAGGAUUUACAUGUCAUCUAAAACAGCUGAGGAUAUGAGAUGGCAUUUUGACCGUAAAGAUGGAAAUAUCAUAAGUCACCCGGCGGAUGGUGAAGCUUGGAAAUUGUUUGAUAAAAGAUACGAGGAAUUCGCCAAAGAUCCUCGUAGUGUUAGAUUGGGUCUAGCAAGUGAUGGCUUUAAUCCAUAUCGUUUGAUGAAUACUAGUUACAGUACAUGGCCGGUGAUCCUGAUUCCUUAUAAUUUGCCACCGUGGCUUUGUAUGAAGUCGACAUCUUUCAUUUUGUCUUUGCUUAUUCCGGGGAAACAGGGUCCUGGUAUGAAUAUUGAUGUGUACUUGCAACCACUAAUCCAUGAGUUAAAAUUGUUGUGGGAAGGUGUAGAUGCAUUUGAUGCUUAUAGCGGAAAAAAUUUCAAGAUGCGAGCAGCCUUACACUCUACUAUAAAUGACUUUCCAGCAUAUGCUAUGUUGUCGGGUUGGAGUACAAGAGGUUAUAAAGCUUGCCCUUCGUGUGCCGAUUCUACUUAUGCGUAUAGCUUUGGUGGUAAAGUUUUCUACCCUGGAUGUCGAAAAUGGUUACCAAUUGACCAUCCUUAUCAUUCUCAAGAAAAUUUAUUUGAUGGGACAGAGGAACAUGGUCUUGCUCCGGUUCGUGUAAGCGGGUCAGAAGUUUUGAAGCAACAAGAAAGAGUUAAGUAUGUGUUUGGAAAGUCAAAAGUUGUUCCGAAAAAAAGAGGGAGACUAGAAGAUGAUGAACUUGAUGAUGAUGAUAAUGAUGAUAAUGACGAGGACGAGUCUAAUCCUGUUCUGUGGAAAAAGAAAAGAACUCUUUUAGAUAUGAGCAAGAGUAGAGAUGAUAAGAAUGCUAGAUUGGCCCUUAAAAAACUGAACAUAAAACCUCAUCUUUGGCCUCAAUCUCAUCCAAGUCGUGUUAACGACUCUUUGCCUCCAGCUACAUACACCAUGUCUAAAGAAGAGAAAGAAAGAUUUCUUAAAGUCCUACAAAAUCUUAAAGUUCCCGAUGGGUAUGGAUCUAAUUUGCAAAGGUGUGUGAAUUUGAAGCAACGAAAACUUAUUAAUCUGAAAAGCCACGACAAUCAUAUGCUCAUGCAAGAUAUCCUUCCUGUUGCUUUAAGAGCAUCGAAUGCUACAAAAGUAAUUGAUGUGCUCGAUGAAUUGUCGUACUUUUUCAAGAAGAUAUGUUCAACAUCUAUUGAAAGAAGUGAAUUAGAUACCAUUCAGUCGAAUCUUGUGUUGACUCUUUGUAAGAUGGAGAAAGAGUUUCUUCCAACAUUUUUCACAAUCAUGGUGCAUCUACUAAUUCAUCUAGUGGAUGAGGUCAAACUCGGCGGACAUGUUCAUUAUAGGUGGAUGUAUCCCAUUGAGAGGUAUUUGGCCUUUUUGAAAUCUCAUGUGAGCAAUAAAGCGCAACCAGAAGGAUCCAUAGCUGAAGGGUACCUUUUAUGGGAAACAAUUGCAUUUUGUUCGAGAUAUUUAGAAAGUGUCAAGACCGUAUUCAACAGACCGAAAAGGAAUGAAGAUAGUGUUCCAGACAUCAACAACUAUUUAUAUGACUCUGCUGGUCGUGUAGUUGGGAUGAAAAAAAAUGUCCGCGUUGAUGACAAAAGUUUAAAGCAAGCACAUCGUUAUGUUUUGCUUCAUUCAGAUGAGAUGAAACUGGCCUAUAACCUAGAUGAUAGCACAAAAGAAGGAAAAUUGAGAAAAGCCUUGGCCUAUGGUUUAAGCAAUCGCGGCAAAAGGAUGAAAAGUGUUAUUAUCAAUGGCUAUAAGUUUGACACCGUGGACCGUGAGCGAUCUCGGAAGACUCAAAAUUCUGGAAUUAUGGUAGAAGCUGAUGGCCAAGAGUAUUACGGAAAACUUAAAGAAAUAUUAGAACUUGAUUAUUAUGGUUCUUUCAAGGUUCUAAUGUUUCGAUGUGACUGGGUUGAUGUACGGAGGGGUGUCAAAACAUACUCGAGCGGUAGAAUUCGUGUCAAUUUCUCAAAGUUGAUGCACACUGGUCAAAAGUUGGAUGAUGAUCCAUUUAUUUUCUCUUCUCAAGCAAAACAAGUUUUUUACAUUGAGGAUGAGAUACAAAAAGGAUGGCAUCAUGUUAUUAAGACUAAGCCUAGGGACUUGUUUGAUAUACCUGAUGAUGACGAUGAUGAUGAGCUUCUAAAUGAUAGUGUUUUGGAUUUAUAUGGUCAUUUUGAGCUGGGAGAUUUUUCCAUACAUGAUAUGCCUGAGCUACAUUGA